UUAAGGGGGAUAAAGGGGGAUGGGGUGAAAAAAAAAACACAAAAAGAAAAGGGUCUGGAACAUUUUUCUAUCUAUUUAAACUCACCAUUUGGCUCUCUUCCAAACGCAGACGAAACCAAAGCUUUUUCAUGGCUCGGGUGGUCUUAAACCCUAUCGGUCUCCAUAAAUUCCGGCCGUAUAGCUUUGUGACUCAUCAAUCCCUGCAAUUGAUAAAACCCUCGGUACGCUCCCUGAACAGAACUCGUAGAUGUCAAAUAAUUUUCUGCCAAACAAACCCCAAUCCCGCCGACUCCUCCGAAACGGAAAAGCUGCUUGAUGAGCCCAGUUCAGCCAAUGAUGACACAAAGCAAGCUGCAGAUUCCUCCAUUAAUGAUGGAUCUCCAGAAUAUCCAAGCAAAAAUUUUAACAAACAGAUAGCUGUGGUUUCUACCCUUGCAGCAGUGGGACUUUUCUUAUCAACACGACUAGAUUUAGGUGUUUCUUUGAAGGACCUAUCUGCUAUGGCAUUACCAUAUGAAGAGGCUCUCUCCAAUGGGAAGCCCACUGUUGUGGAGUUUUAUGCAGAUUGGUGUGAAGUAUGUCGAGAAUUAGCUCCAGACGUGUACAAAGUUGAACAGCAGUACAAGGACCGUGUGAAUUUUGUGAUGUUGAAUGUUGACAACACAAAGUGGGAACAGGAACUUGAUGAGUUCGGUGUCGAAGGUAUCCCACAUUUUGCAUUCUUGGACAAAAAUGGGAAUGAGGAGGGAAAUGUUGUGGGCAGGCUUCCAAGACAGUAUUUUCUUGAGAACGUGGAUGCCAUUGCCCGUGGAGAAGCAUCCAUACCUCAUGCCCGUGUUGUGGGACAGUAUUCAAGUGCUGAAGCCAGGAAAGCGCACCAAGUUGUUGAUCCAAGAAGUCAUGGCUAGACAUUUCUUUAUUUCCAAAUGUGAGUAUGGUCUAAGGUAAAACGUAACCUUGCGAUAUUCACCUGUCACAAUUUUUUUGAUCAUUUCCUUUUGUUUAAUUUUAAGUUUACUUAAUACUGUCAACAUUCUUGCAACCUUGUUGAAAAAACUUGUGCAUUCCAUGGUCAAAAAGAGCCUGGUCCUGAUCUUUUAAGCCAUUGCAUCCAACUAGUGUAGGGAUAAUAGUGCUUACUAUAGAGAUAAAUUGGGCCCUUGGGGAUGUUAGAACUUAAAAUUCUCAUCUAAUUUUUAUGAAGAAUUCAACUAGUCCAAAGCUACAAAUUAUGUGUAGACUGUGAAGUAACAAGGGUAAAAGUUAAAACAAGGGACUAGGUUAUGCAUAGGCUGUGAUGUCAUAGUCUCAUAGCCAUGGCUUAUUGUGAAUUUGAUUUUCUACUUUGCUAUGUGAGGUUAUCUUUAACCCAUUUUGGCAAUUAGCCCGUCAUUCAUCAGCCCUACCUAGUUGAACUCUUUGCUAGUCGCCAGAAUCCCAAUAAGUGAAGAUGGGUUUGUUGUUUUUCCAGGAAAGGAAAUAGUUUCUAGGAAAGGUGACAUAUUGCAAGGGCAAUUUAGUUUUGAUCGUCCACACUAAGUUAGGGUUGCGGCACGACUCGUCUCCUCUUAACAUGACCUUGUCUCUUGAUUUCAAUAGACACGCAAACAAAACAGUUGUAUAACAUGCAUUCAUAGAAAUCUAACAUAUAAUUAGAAUAAAAAAUUAUUGAAUAAAACUCUCAAAGUUAUACAUGUCCAAAUCAAAUCAAAACUAACUACAAUACAUAAUCCUAGUUACUUGGCUAGGAUUUCAUCUCAACCCUAAAGAAAGUGCCUAGCCUCUCAUGGAGAAUCACUACUAAUAAGAGGGUUUUUGAGUUAGCAAGGUGCUGUCGCAAAGUGUAUUUGUUGUUGCGAAAACUUUUUGAGAUGGCAUGGUAACGGCAAAAUUAGAGACAACAUUAAUGUGGUUGCAAAAACUUUUUGAGUUGGCAUGCAUGUUGUCACCGAUUAUUAGAGAUGGUAAAUUAAACUUUUUCAGACAGCAAGUUGCUAAUGAAAAACUGGUAAAAACCGUUUAAAAUAAAAUUAGCAACAUUUUUAUAGCUAUCGCUAGUGCUUGUUGCAUUGGUAAGUUGUUGCUUAAAAUCAAUGUCACUAAAAUAAAAUUUUAUUUGAGUUGUAUAAGCUUUUGCCAUCUGAAAAAUUUUUUGUAAAAUUUACACCAAAAAAAAUAAAAUAAAUUAUUUACAACUAUAAUUACACACAAUGGACUGUCGGCGAAUUUUUUUAGUCUCAUUCCUCUUUGAAGACACCAUGGAUUUGGACGUACUAUUUAUUUAUUUAUUUUUUCUUCUCCUCCUUCUCCGGCAACACUAUGAAUUCUAAUGAACUUUUUUUUGUAAUUUGUUUUUCUCCCUACCAGAGACAUUGAAAUCAUCUUAACAAAACCCUUCAAUUAGUCGGAGAUUGAAAAUUAAAAAUCUAAGAGAGAAAGAAUGUAGUAGUAGGUGAAUGGAUUUUCUAUGGAAAUCUCAUAUUUGAAAUUAGAGGAAACGACUAAAUGAAAAAGGAAAAAAGUUGGCGGAGAUAGGGGAGAGAAGGUUUUUGCGGAUACAAGAGACAAUAAUUUAAUUAUUUAGUACAUUUGUCACUCCAACCCAUCAAAUUGACGUUGUGUACUUGUUAUACCAAUUAUUUUCUCUUGCUAUAUAAUAGUCUAGUCUAGUGUGAUUUAUUUCUACACCUAGCUUUCCAUUUUUUUUUUUUCUUUUGCUAAGGAAAACGAAAACUAGCUUUCUAUUCUUGCAUGCAAUGGCUUUGUACGUCAUCCUUCUUAUUAUUUUUUUAUUCUUCUUCAAUUCUACUACUGAAACUAACAAGUCCAGUUAUUUAAUUUUGUCGAUAAAAAUUCAACAAUCUCUCAACUUUUUAAUGAAGCAAAAUGGUUGAAUGAGAGAAUAUUUUAUACCUAUAAGGUAUUGAGAGGUUUUGCUGCAUGGUUGAUGGAGGAAGAAAUUGAGUAUAUUACUCAUGCUAUUGGAGUCCUAGAUGUGAUACUCGGCAUUUGUCAUCUUCCUAACAAGCCGCCUCCACGAGUGGUACUACGUACCCUGUGCAUUAUGCCCAAGGACCAAUCCAGGCGAUGCGACAAGGAUCUACCUUGCCUGCCUUGCUGCUUACAAACUAAUGCGCUUGCAAGGUGCUUGGUGUAAAAUUUGCAUCUCCAAUGAGUCGGUACAUGACAAGUAGUUAUAGAAAUUAUAUGAGUGUCAUGACUAGUUUCAUCCCGUGGUGACUGGUAAUCUCUACCAAAAUGGUUCAUAACUUUAUAAGAUUUGAAAUUUUCAGACACCACAGUAAAGUAUAUAGCAACAACUAAUUUUUUGCUACACAAGCUUGAAUUGAACUCCUCUCCCUUUUCACAGGAACAAUUCCAACUAAUCCAACUAACCUAAGUCCUACAUCAUUGAAGUUUUCAACUUCUGGCCAUAUGCCAAAGUCCACUAAGCAAAUAAUCACAUUUUCAGUAAAGUUAGAUUUUGACCCUAAGCCAAAAUUUAUUUUGAGGCCCAAAAAUUUUGGUAAUCAAGUAAUAUGAAGACAAUGGAUUGUCGGUAAUUUUUUUUCCAGACAACAAGUUGCCACCGAAAUAAUAGUAAAAGCUAUUUUAAAAAAAUUUAGCAACAUUUUUAUUGCCAUCGCUAGUGCCUUUUGCGUUGGUAAAUUGUUAUCACUUAAAAUUAAUCUCACUAAAACAAUUUUAUUUGAGUCGUAUAUGCUUUUGCCAUUGGGAAAAAAGUUUUUUAAAAAAAAUUAUUUACAACUAUAAUUGCACACAAUAAAUUGUUGGCGAAUUUUUUAGUCCCGUUCCUCUCCAGAGACACCAUGGAUUCUAACGAACUACUUUUUUUUCUUCUCCUCCUUCUCUGGCAACACCAUGAAUUCAGAAAAACUUUUUUUAUAAUCUUUUUUUUCCCUCCCUAUAUGAGACGUUGAAACCAAAUUAACAAAACCCUUCAAUUAGCAGAAGAUUGAAAAUUAAAAAUUUAAGAGAGGGAAAGAACGUAGUAGGUGAGUGGGUUUUCUAUGAAAAUCUCAUAUUUGAAAUUAGAGAAAAACAAUAUAUGAAAAAAAAAAAAAAAAA